AUGAAUCGUGGCACGCGUAAAGGCGUGCGGCCUAAGAGGCUUUCACCAUCUAUCAAGAAACAGAGGAGAUCAUCUAGCGGACACAUCGGUCUGAUACCUUCUGUGUCGGACACCGACUCUCAAGUCCACUCUCUCCAAGCAGCUCCAGUUCCUGAAACUGUACUUGAAGAUGGGGAUGCUGAUGGCGACAGCUCUCGAGAUCUACUCGAGGCCACGUUCCACGGCAGCAGUACUCAGAUGACAAUCAGCAGAGCGCGUAAGCGCGUACGCUCAAGGAGUCCCGUAUCAGCUAUCAGGAAACGCAGGAAGCUGCCUCGCGGACACGUCGACCUGGUACCCUCGGAGUCGGACACCACUCAUCAAGAUACACGCGUGCAUCUACUUGAACUGGGGAAAAGUACUACUCAAGGAGGUUAUCACGUAUCCGACGCAGCUCCAUCUCCUGAAAUCGCACUUGAAGAAGGGGAUGCUGACGGCGACCGCUCUCGAGAUCCGCCCACGAAUGCUAUCAAUUACCACUAA